AUCAAACCAAAAAUUAUUAAAUUAAAAAAAAUAUCAUUAGAUUUUUUAAAUGGAAAAAAUACAUAAUUUUAAAAGUAAGAUUUUGUCAUUAAUGACUUCAAAGCAAAUCUUUUACUCAAUUGCUAUAAUAAUAUGCUCUAGUUUAUAUGUUAAUAGAAGAAAAAUAAGUUCUUAAUUAUACUAUUAUUUAGGUUAUUUAUCUUACUAGUUUGAGACUGCUGCUUAUAAAUAUAAAAAAACUUUAAGGCCUGAUAAAAUUAUUAUAGUUAGACAUGGAGAAUCAUAAGCAAAUGUUAAUGAUAAUUUAUAUGCAGAGUAACCUGAUAGUUAAAUAGAAUUAACUUAAAAUGGUUUAAAUUAGUCCUUUAAGAUAGGUUAGCUUUUAAAAUAAGAGAUUGGAGAAAAUAAAAACUUAGUUUUUUUUGUUUCUCCUUAUUAAAGAGCAUAGUAAACAGCACAAUAAAUUAUAAAAUCAUUUCCAAAAGUUGAAAAAAUGAUAACAGAACCUAGAAUUAGAGAGCAGGAAUGGGGGAAUUUACAAAAAUUCCAAUUAAACAAAUAAGAAUAAGAAUAGGUUUUUAUAGAAAGGACUUUGGUUGGAAGAUUUUACUAUAGAUUUAAGUAAGGUGAGUCUGCAUCAGAUGUAUAUGAUAGAGUGAGUUUAUUUUUAGAAUCUCUCUUUAGAGAAAUGGAUAGUUACUCGUAAGCUGCCAAAUAUGGAUAGAAUAGAGUGUUUAUAAUUGUAACUCAUGGAAUGGUAAUGAGGUUGAUUUUAAUGAGAUAUUUCAAACAGCAUAUUUCUGAUUUUGAAAAAAUGGAGAAUCCACUUAACUGUGAAUGCUGGAUUUUACAAAAAGAUUAAAAAGGUUUAUAUAAAUUUAAUAAAAAAAUUAAGCUAGAAUAAGACUAAACCUUUUAAUGAAUAAACAAUUUUAAAAAUAUUUAAGAAUUUCUUUCUGAAAUUAAAAUGAAAAAUUUAUUAAUUAAUUCAUACAUACAUAGAUAGAUACUAACUUAUUAACUAUAAUUUAAAUAAAACAAGCUACUCUUUAUAUUUAUAUUUUUGUAAAUAUGCCCAUUUUUUAUUUAUUUUUCUAAAAUGCCAAAAAGACUCAA